UACUCUAUUUUCAUUCCCUUUUCCUUUCCCCAAACUCAAGCACACAUUUAUUGAAGCUCUACUAUUCUGAACUAGAUUGAUUACCAUAUCAUCAUUAAUUAUGGCUUCUUUUAGGUCCUUCAUGGCAAUGCUCAUGUUCUUCAUGGCUUAUUCUUCUGGUUCUUCACUAGCUACUAAAAUUUCCUCAAUCUCUGCAGCACCUGCAGUUUUACCAGGUGCUCCAGCUCCACAAUCUUCGUCUCCAACCUUAUCACCAGACAUUUCUCCUUUGUUCCCUUCACCUUCUGGUGUGCCACUUUCUCCGAGUGAGUCAUCACUGCCCACAAUCCCAUCAAGUCCAAGCCCACCAAACCCUGAAGCUGUUGUUGCUGCUCCUGAACCAGAAUUGGGUGCUUCACCAUCUGGGGCUCCUAUGCCAGUUUCUCAUUCAGUUUCUGUCACUUCUUCAGCUCUGCCUCUACAUGGAUUUUUCUUACUUGGGUUUCUGGUUUUCUGUGUAAUGCAGGUUUGAGAGAUUGUUUUUGUAAUUUUGGUGGAACUGAAAAAGCUUCAAUUAUUGUGUAAUAGUAGUGGUUCCACUUUAUGUCUGUAAACUAUUCUGGUAGUAUAUAAAGUGCUGUAGUAUGAUGA